GGACAUCCAUCUAUACUUCUCAGUGUAGCCGUUCCACGGGACAGAAGCGCACCAAUAGUAGCUCGCCGCCUAUUUAAGCCAUAGCAGAGCAGAUAUCGCCGCGUUUACCGCAAAGGGAAUAUCGUUAUUCAGUAUAGUAUUGAAGGGAUACCAGCUACAGAAAUGAGUACCGCAUGUCUGCUCGUCAAACAGACGCCCUUCGUUGUUGCUCCACGCCCGGUAGGGAUGGACACUCGUCCGCAGACAAAUGACAGUUAUGAUUCACUAUGGAGACCUUGGCUCACGACCAAGAAGAAUAUGCAACGGGAAUGCCAGAGAAGCAGACAGUCAUGUCCUUACUCCAGACCUACAGACUACACCCCUGCAGCUCCAGGUCUCUUUCCAUUCAAUGAGAAGUCCCAGUCCUUCCAGCACCCUGUCAGACUUUUCUGGCCCAAGUCCAAGUCGUUUGACUACCUGUACAGCGACGGAGAGGCUCUCCUGAGGAACUUCCCUGUCCAGGCCACCAUCAGUUUCUAUGAGGAGUCCGACAGCGAGGAUGACGAGGAGGACGAGGAGUGGGAAGAAGAAAUGUACAGCGAGGAAAAGGAGUACCUCGAGCGCCAGUCCCACUACACCAGCUACAACUGAAGUCGAGAGGGUUUCCAAUUGGAACAGAUGGAACAUUAGAUGGCGAUAUUCCAUAAUAUCUCUUUGUGGUACAACAGAAAAUGAUGUCUGGCGAGACACCUCUGGUGACACACCUGGAAGAACCUAUAUAACUGGAGCUGUCUUCACAGUCAGAAUCCCUUCUUAUUCUAUGAAUUGAAUAAACACUGUCAGUCAGAGUCAUAGACUUGUCCUAGAGGAGCACAGAACGAUCCAACAAACCAUUUAUGUCACAUAUUCAGUAGGACACAGCAUGCCGAGCACAGAGAAGGGAUUGUAAUGUCUUAGGUAUUCUAGAUUGUCUAGCUCACCUCCAUGAAAGCAAAGUAGCCUAAGUUAAAUGUGAAUUGUGGAGCCUGUUUCAACUGGUAUCUUGUAUUGCCACUAUGUAGGCAUAGGCUCUGUCAAGCAAAGAGUUACAAGUAUUUCUGUGGCAAUACAUAGUAAUGGAAAGUUGCAAAAAGUAAUGUAUGCAGUCUUAUGCAUAUAUUAGUCUUCCUCUGGGGCAGUGGGAUGUAUGUUAUGGAUUGUAUAACUACAUACAUUAAAUCCCACAUUGGGAUAGUUUAUCUCAGGGUCUGUACCUUGUUUGUGUAUAAAAAAGUAUCUAUUUGCGUUUUAUUUACAUAUCUAAUUUAUGAUGUACAAUUGUAUAUAGAUACAUACAGUAAAUGUUUAUAUAUUUCCUAUUUUUCAACUUUUUUGUAUAUUGUCCGUCGAAAAACACUGUCUAAACAACAGCUGUUAAAAUAAAAACCUAUUUUGGG